AUGGUUGUUGUUGGUUGUAGGCCUGAUGUGAUAACUUGCAACAUUUUGAUUGAUGGAUUAUGUAAAACAGGGAAGAUAAGUGUUGCCAUUAAGUUGCUUGAAGAAAUGGGUAAGGAGAAUAAAGAAUCUGGUGUUAUUUGUAGGCCAGAUGCUAUUACUUAUAGUACUGUAAUUGAUGAUAGAAUUGGUGGUGCAAGGGAGAUGAUUUCUGAAGGAAUUAAGCCUAACGUGAUAAUUUAUAACACUUUGUUAAUUGACCUUUUUCUUAAAGCUAAUGUAAAAGAUGCACGGAAUUUAGUUGGUAAGACGCGACUUAAUGGUGUUUUACCUAAUUCUUGGACAUAUAACAUUUUCAUUGAUGGACUUUGCAAGAAGGGAUGUGUUUUUGAAGUGGUGGAAAUGCUUAACACUCUAGUAAAUAAUAAGUUUGCAAUUAGCCUUGAAAGUUUGAAUUCCCUCGUUGAUGGAUUAUGUAAAAUAGGGAGAUUCAAAAUUGCUUGGGACUUAUUUCAAGAUUUUUCUCUUUGUGAAAACCUAGUGCCAAACAUUGUAACAUACAGCAUUUUGAUCAAUGGGCUUUGUAAAACUGGACAACUAGAAAAGGCAAAUAAGUUGUUGUCAUAUAUGGAGGAAAAAGGUUGUGCUCCAAAUGUAGUCACAUUUACUAUGCUCAUAUUUGGUUUCCUCAAGAAUAAUGAGAUACCAAAAGUCGUUGAUCUCCUUCGUAAGAUGGCUAAGAGAAAUGUGAAGCCGAUUGAAUUUAUCCAAUUCUUGAAACUGUUUUUAGAAUUUAGUUUUGAUGGAUAUGAUUGUUUCCAAAUUUUUGGUAAACAAGUUUAUGCAGUGUAUGGCGGGCUGGAAGCACAGUUUGUGCACUUCUGGGAGUUCUCCAGUAGUCUGCAUAGUGUUCGGCUUGUUGGAGAAUUGUUCGGGCAGGCUGGAGUGGUAGCAGCAGUUAUUUAA